AUGGAACAGCUACGCAAGGAGAUAGAAAACCUUAGAGAGGAAAACGCUAAAUUACGCUCUCAGUUGAGUGAAUCAAAAGUCAAUAAUGAGUCUUUGUCCCUUACUGAGUAUCAAAGAUACGGUAGACAGAUGAUUGUUGAAGAGUCUGGUGGACUACGUGGUCAACUCGAAUUAAAAUCUACGAGGAUUGUAGUUGUCGGUGCUGGUGGAUUAGGAUGUCCAUCUUUACAAUAUUUGGUUGGCGCUGGUGUCGGUCAUAUUGGAAUUGUUGAUAACGACACUGUUGAGGCUUCAAAUUUGCAUAGACAGACUUUACACGACACAAGUAGAGUUGGCACGUUAAAAUGUGAAUCAGCUAAACAGAAAUUGAACUUAUUGAACCCCUUUGUGGACAUUAAAACUUACCCAGUUAGGUUAACUUCUGAAAAUGCAUUUGAAAUAUUUGACGGUUAUAAUUACGUUUUGGAUUGCACAGAUUCACCAGCAACUAGGUAUUUAGUCAAUGAUGUGGCUGUUUCUUUGGGUAUCACUGUUAUUUCAGCCUCUGGUGUUGGCACAGAAGGUCAAUUGUGCAUCUUAAAUUUUAAAAAUCAAGGCCCGUGUUAUAGAUGUUUCUAUCCAACUCCACCUCCACCCAAUUCUGUAUCAUCUUGUUCCGAAGGUGGUGUCAUUGGGCCUUGUAUUGGUUUAGUAGGUGUAAUGAUGGCUAUUGAAACGUUGAAGUUGAUAUAUGGAGUAUAUACAAUUGAAAAUUUCAAACCCUUUUUAAUGUCAUAUUCUGGCUUCCCGCAGCAGUCAUUAAGAGUUUUUAAAAUGAGAGGUAAACAAACUACAUGUAAAUGUUGUGGGAGCGAUCCAAAGAUCACAAAAGAAACUAUUGAAUCUGGGGAAAUAAAUUAUACAGAGUUUUGUGGACAAAGAAACUACAAUGUCUGCUCCGCUGAUGAGCGUAUAACAGUUAAACAAUACCAUAGCGAAUAUAUUGAAAGCUUAGAAAAGGAUCAUAUAUUAAUAGAUGUUAGACCUAGCCAUCAUUAUGAUAUAUCCCAUUUCCAACAUUCUAUAAAUAUUCCUUUAAAAGAGUUGAAGAAUAUGCAUGGAUCUCUCGAUAAAUUAAAAGAGAGGAUUCCGCAACUUCAAGAAAAUACUAAUUUGGUAGUCUUGUGUCGUUUUGGAAAUGAUUCACAACUGGCCACACGUAUCUUCAAAGACGAAUUUAAAAUAAAAAGUGUUAAAGAUGUUAAGGGUGGCUUUUUUAAAUAUAUUGAUAAUAUAAAUCAAGAUAUCCCAAAAUAUUAG